AUUAGUUAGAAAGAAAUUAUCUGGUGAUACAGGAAAACCUAGAGGAGGAGGAGAUGGUGGUGUUGGAAAAGAUUUUGAUGGCUGAACGAGUUGGAAGACGAGUUAACUCAGCAGUUGCAGAGUGUAACUUGUUCGAGAUGGAGUGCGUCCACGUUGGGAAUUUAGUGGGUUGCUUGAGGCCGAUGCUUCAUGAUCUGGUCGGCUGCAUCUCCGCCCUUAUACGACCGGCCAAUCGUCCGCAUAGUCACUGAAGUCUCCAAAAACCUUGAGCGCGCACUGACCCUGGUCCGGAAGUGCAAGCGAUGCACCCUCUUUCGCCGGUUUGUCACCGGCAAGCACGCAACCGAUUUUCCCAGAAUCUUUGCACUUCUGGAAUCUUCAAUUGCCGAUAUGAACUGGUUGCUAAGCCUCUUCGACCCAAACAUCGGCUGCGCCUCUAGGGAACCUGACCUAUCCGUGCCUCCAAUCGCAAUCAAAGAUCCGGUUAUUUCAUGGGUCUGGGCGUUCAUCGCCACCGUUGAAAUGAGUCUACUGAAAAAUCGGAUCGAGGCCGCCCACAAUCUUGCUUUGCUUGCACAAGCAAACGAGAAGAACAAGAGAAUCAUCAUCAAAGAAGGCGGAGUCCCUCCUUUGCUAAACCUUCUCAAAGAGAACUGGACAGAAGCCCAAAUAGUUGCGGCUAAUGCUCUUUAUAUUCUCUCAGAUGAUCAAGAGAGAGGUUCAGAUCCAGGCGGCGAGUCUGGUUGCGAGAUUAGCGGUGAAGUACCCCCAGGCGCAGCAGGCUUUCGCAGAGGAGCAUGUGGUUGUUCAAAGACUAAUUCACCGGAUGUCAGAGCCGUCAUUGAUGAGCUAUUGAGGGUGAUCAAAGAAUCAGAGGGUCCUGAGUUGCGGAUUCCGGCAAUUAGAUCGAUUGGGUCUCUGGCUAGGAUUUUUCCAGCUAGAGAGAUUCGAGUGAUUGAAUCUCUGGUGGCGCAGAUUAGAAGCAAGCACCGCAAAGUGGCUGAGGAAGCUGUUAUCGCGUUGCAGAAGUUCGUCUGUGAAGAUCACUUUCUUCGAUCGGAGCAUUCGAAGUCGAUAAUCAAGUUAAAUGGUGUGGCGGCUCUGAAGCGAUUGAUCGGGAGGGAGAGUCCGCAGGCGAUGGUUCUGCUCUGCUACCUUUAUGACAGCCGGCCUCUCCAGCGAUACUGGUGAACUGAGACGGUGGAGAAAAAUGGCAGCGCCCGGUGGGAGUAUAUGACACCGGACCGGAGAAUCCAGCCAACGCCUUUGAAAAUCUUACAAAUUCAAAAGCAUCGUCCAUCGGCUCAAAAAUAGAGACAAAACGGCCCAAGCCCAAAAACAAGACCAAAAGUCCUAACCACCUUCUCUUUACCACAGUAAUUGGCCCUUGCAGUUGCACCUGUUCCGGUCUCCCCUUCAUCCUGGCAAAACUCAACUUCAACCCCGAUUUCCAAGAAUACUCCUCAUGGUUUAGUUCCUUAUUUGCAACAGGCCUAUACAGGGAGUUCCUACUAAAAAGAGUUUGGAGGGGGAUUAGUUUUGAAGUGCUAAUAAGUUUGUCAGCAAACACUCUAUCCUUCCAAAUGAGAAUAGAAACUUCUAGAAAUAGUAUGUAUAAUUACUGGUGGAGUGUACUAACAAUGCAAACUAUAGACCGUCGCAUUGAGUAUUGUAAAUGAUAUGUAUAUUGAUCCAGUUAAUAUGAUGAGUAAAGUACACGCGUUUGU